AUGGAACCAACUUUAUGUUUUGUUCUAUGUGAAACACCAAUUAUUUAUAUACAACACGAAAUUUGUCGGUGUUCAGGUGGCGGUCUUAUGGAUCAUAAUCGACAGAGAGAUGAAUAUUGUACAAUACCAUGUAGAAAGCCCGAUUAUCAUGAAGUUAAAACAGUUAAUACAUGUGGGGGCAGAGGAACAUAUUCAGCCUAUGCUGAAGAAAACUUUUAUACUCAACAUGCUCAUUUAUUUAACUUUCGAAUCCAAUUUGCGUCAUGUGAAUUAUGGAAUGCUUCGGGUUAUUAUGAUAUAAUGCAAGUUAAAAUUGAUGCGUCAUCAGUAAAAUAUUCAUUGAAUAAAUUGGAACGAUGUGCAGCUACAUGUCUAGAUCAAAAUGCUAUGAUAAAAUCAAUAGCUUUCAACAGUGAUAUCAAUCAAUGCUUAUGUAUAAUACCUCGAAAAUCAUUUCCAGAUUUUGGUCGUGCAUUUUAUUUAACAAUUUUACCAAGUUAUAGUUGUGAUCAUUAUUGUGAUAACACAUUGGACGAUUCGAAAGUUAAACAUAAAUUUAAAUGUGGUUCAUUAACAGAUUCACGUAUAUGGGCUAUAUAUGAUUUAAAUGGUAUAUGUCCGAUUGAUUCCUUUUAUAUAAAAGAAUUAAAAAAGUGUAUAUCAACCCGUUACAGCUUGGCAAGAUCAUGUCCUUUUUCAUCAAUGGAGUUUGUUUAUGAUGAAAAUUUAUCCUGGAAUAUUUUUCUAAAAAUUAUUGAAAAAUUAAACUUAACUAAAUCCAUUGUUUCAAUUGAUUUUGAUGAUGAUGUUACUAUUGAUCCUUCUUGGAAAUGUCCAAUAACAACAGCAACCAAUACAAGGAAUUCAAAUUCUCUUAAAACAAAUUAUUUUAAAAGGAGUUUUAGAAGAUCUUAUGUAUUAGAUAGCGGCUGUUUACGUGAAUUUGAACAUUUCUACCACUUUACUAGUAUUUAUCCAACUUAUACACCAAAUUUUAAUAUAAUGGCGGCUAUGUGUGGACGACAUUGGUUUGACAUAAACAAUCAUUGUUAUCGGAUAUCCGAUGACCGUAAAACCAUUCGAGAAGCAAGAAAUAGUUGUAUUUAUGUGUCAACAGCUGAAACAGAUAUUAUGUCAAAUGAUGACGAUGAUGAUAUGAAGAAGGAAGCAAAAAAUGAAAUCAAGAAUUCUAUGGCUAAUAUCCAUAAAGGUGAAAUCGCUCGAUAUACGUCACAAUGGCAAGCUCGUCUUGGUUUCUUUCUUCUUGAUACAAAUCCGUCAAAUACUAAAUCAAAUCUUCAACAAUUUGGACCAUAUACUCAAAACUCGUCAGCAUUGUUGUCCAAUGUUAAUACCAAUCUCUCAUCGAUAGAUGAAUUUCAAAUGAUUAAUUCAAAUGAAUAUAAUAACUCAAACAUAGAAAAUGAUUCAUGCUUAGUUUUAAUACGCACAGUAAUCGACGAAAAAGGAAGUUCUAUUUUAAAAAAUACUCAAAUUAAUAAUUGUUCGAAGCCAAGACAUGUUUUAUGUAAAGAAGAAUCAAUGCUUGGUUUUAACUCUGUACAAAACUGUUACAGUAAACCCUUAACACUUGGUUUACCAGUAAUGAUAUCAAAUCACUUAACAUAUGAAUUAUGCUCAUCUGUUUGUCAAAUAUUAGAAACAGAUUUAGCUGUUAUAAAUAUGAAUAAAUGUUAUUGUUUCGAUGUUACUCUGUUACAUAUAUUUGAUAUGAAAGGAAAUCAUGCAAAAUAUCAAAGAAAAGACUGUGGAAAUCCUUGUCCGGGUAAUCAACAUGAACGCUGUGGUAAUAUAGAUACAAUUGUUGUUUUACACAUAAGUGUUUUUCACCAUUCGUCUAGAUAUAACUUAAAUAAUAAACAAGCUAAAUCAUAUCCUGAUUUUUUUUAUCAUAGUUGUAUACAUUUAAAUUCUGUCAAUCAAUCAGCAAUAUAUCAAUUCAAUUUAAAUCGUAUAAAAGAUAUUCAUCCACGUCAUUGUUUAGAAUUAUGUACAAAGUAUAACCAACAAUAUGCUCUUCUGAAUUCAAAUAAAUGUUUAUGUACCAAUAUCCCAAUGAAAAAACAACAAAAUAAUAUAUUUACAAUUCAAGAUUAUAAUUGUACUCAAGAAUGCCAAAGUAAUUAUUUUUAUACAUGUGGAGAUGCAAACAAUUCAGAUAUAUAUUCAAUGUAUGUUAUGCCAACAAAAUGUCCUCAUAACUUUCAAAUUACUGAAGAUAAACGACGAUGUGUACAUACUGAUUUUUCAGCACGCAAAAACUCUUUCUCAAGUGCACAAUCAUAUUGUAAAUCUAUUGGUGGUAUGCUUGCAAAAAUAAAUGAUAUUUUAGAAAUUCAAGACGUAGUACCCAUACGAAUGCUGAUUAGAAGUCAUUUUAACGAAUUUCCAUUUUCUGAUGUUUCCAAUGUACUUAAUGAUACCAAAUAUUUUUGGAUUGAUCGUACAUCGAAUAUCAUAAAUAACAACGAAACACCAGAUCGUUCUAUUAGAAAAUGUUCACAAACAUCAAAAUCAAUUGAUGAAUAUUGUAUUGUUCUUCAUCGCAAAAAGAUUCUCAUUGAUAAUAUGUUGACUUAUGAACAGUGUUUUAUUGAAUCAGAUCAAUGUUCAUCAAUAUCUGCUAUACCAGUUUGUGUUGAUAAACAUCUGGAAUUUAAUUCAACUGCAAUUCUUCCAACUACAGAUAAUGAUUCAUCAAUCGUAUCAGUUAAUACAUCAACAGGUUAUUCAUGUGGUGAUGAUACAGAUUAUCAUUUUAUGAACGGUCUUUGUUAUAAAGUAUCCUUUCACGAAACUACUUGGAAUGAGGCAAAAACUGAAUGUGAACGUGAUAAUGCUAUAUUAUUUCUACCUGAACACCUUACGACAUUGCUCUUGAUAAAGUCCUUAGUUUUACGUCGGCAUAGUUACACAUCCUCUGGUGUUGCACAUCUGGAUAUUUUUUAUGAUAAUCGAAACCGUACUAUUAGACGAUGUAGUACAAUCAAUGGAAGUUCUUUACCAAGCGUACUAGAUUUCAAUAAUUUUCAUACUUUAUGUGGAAAAACAUUUGAUCAACAUUAUGAAAGAUUUAUGUCAUCAUCAGCUUUAUCACCAAACGAUGAAGACCGUCUAAAAACUCAGCAAAUUAGUUGUGCAUACGUUAAUUUUUCAUCUGAUUCUACACCAUCGAUUUCAUAUGAUCAAAAAACCUGUAAUCGACCAGCAACGGUAAUAUGUCAAAAAUCACCUACUGUAAAAAUACGUGCUGUUGCAGCAAAACGGUUAGUUAUCAAUACAAAUGCUUGCAUAGUAUAA